AUGUCAGCGGAUGGAACCACCACGGCGCCGGCGCCACCGCGCAUGUCGGCCUCGUCGCCUCCCACCGUCGGGACGCUCCUCACCAGGGCCUCCGCGGCCCGCGACAACGACCGCGGGUGCUCCUCGCCGCGGUCGCUGCUGUCGCGCAUCCUCCACAGGGGCCGCGGCGGCGCUGGGUUUGGAUGCCGCAUCCGCCUCCUCCCGCGCUACUGCGCCAGCGGCGCGGCGGCCAAGGAGGACGCCAUCGCCCCCGCUGGAACCGCCGAAGCCGCGAAGGAGGAGGAGGGAGAGCCGACAGAAGUGACCGCGCCCACGGCGGUGGUGGCAUCCCAGCCGGGGCCUCGCGAGUCCGGGUCCCCUCGGACUUCUCUUGGGAAGGACGCGCUGCCGGCGAGCCUGGGCCUGGGCGCCAGCCUGGUGCUGCUGCUGUCCAAGAGCGCGGCGGAGCUGAGCAGGAUGGCGGAGCUGCGCGCCCAGAUGGAGCGCCUGCUCCUCGACGCCAGGGCGGACGUGCGGAGCUGCAACGGCCGACCCAGCGCCUCCGGCGAUCGCACAGACUGCGCCAGCGUCGUCAAGGGCCCCGUCGCCUGCGCUGGCAGCGAUGGUUCGCGCGCGGGCACGGCCGCCCCGGCGAGUCGUGGGGUGAGCGAAGCUGACGGGCGCCGGGAUAUGGACCGGAUGGAAGCCGAGCUUGAGGCGGAGCUGUCGCGCUUGCAGUUGCAGCGAGCCUCGGACGACGAGGACAGUCGUGAUGAUCGGCUCGAGGUGCUGGCGGGGCCAAAGAGCAGCGCCUCCUCGAGGAGCCACUCGACGAUCUGCUCCGACUCCGACAACGACGACGGAGAAACAGACAACGGCGGAGGCGGCGACGAGAGACAAGACCGCUACGACGAAGAGGAGGAGGAGGAGCGCGACGCUGAUGAGGGGAACGAGAUCAAGAGCCCGCCCCACGGCGGCGUGUCGGCCCGCGAGCUGGAGCGGAGGCUGCACCAGCUGCUGCAGUCGCGGCACGAGGCGAGGAUCGCGGAGCUGGAGUCGGCGCUGGAGCGCGCGCGGCGGAAGCUGCGGGAGACGGAGCGCGAGGCGUGUCGGUGGCGCGACACCGCCAAGCUCGCCACCCGCUUCGCCGACGAGUCGAGGCUCAGGUAG